CUUGCUGAUAAAGUGACCUUCAGAUCGUCCAUUUUUUCUGACGCGGCGGAUCGCGGCGAUGUAUCCCCAUAAUGCGUAUUUCGGCAUCGUGCAGCCUUAUUAUGGUUUUGUUGGCAUGACUCCUAUGGGCAUGCCUCCUCCCGUAUCGACGGUUCCAACAAUCCCUGUCACGACGGCUGUUACCCCGGCAGUGACUACCAAAUCUGAUACUCCACCGACUCAGUACGUUAGAGAGAAACCUCCGGUCACGACAGUUUUUGUUGGCAAUAUAUCCGACCGUGCACCUGAUCAGUUGAUCAAGACGCUCCUCAUGCGUUGCGGGAAUAUCCUCAGUUGGAAGAGGGUUCAGGGUGCUUCGGGAAAACUGCAAGCUUUUGGGUUUUGCGAGUUUGAAGAUCCGGAGUCGACAAUGAGAUGUGUUCGUCUGCUAAAUGGUUUUGCCGUUGGCGAGAAGAAGCUUUUGGUAAAAGUCGACCCAAAAACUGAAGAUUUACUAACUGAAUACCGGAAAAAGAAAGAGGCAGUUGGUGAGGAAGGCACUUUAGGUGCAACAGCUGAUGAAAUUGACUCAUCAACUCAACGCGACGACGAAAGCGUGAAGGCUGCUCUUGAGGGAAUCUUGAAGGAACAUGCUUCUGUGCUCAGUGGCAGCGACUCUCCUAGAAGACCGGAUUCCUAUCAUGAGGGUCCACGUCAUUUAACUAUGGAAGAUAUGGAUUUAGAUGAGGAUCGAAAGGAUCUUAUUAACCGAGAGAUAGAAAUUUUCAGGAGACGAAACGAGCGUUACAUAUUCCAUUGUUUAAGCUUGAACAGGCCUUACUGUGUCUAG